AUGGCAGGCACAAUUCCGAGCAAUGAGGGGCACCGAAGCUCCGCGGCCUUGGUGAACCCGAAUCCUCAGCCACAAGCCAACGGCGCCCAGCAUGCAGAUAUUCUCCCUGUGACUAAAGUCCCUGCGCUGGAUACUAUCGACCCCUAUGCCGUCGAUAGACCGCUGGGUGAUGUGGUGGCAAACAGUCCAUGGGCGGAAAUUCUCUGCAGCGCAGACUUUCAGAUUGUCGCCGACGACCUCAUCCAGGGCUAUGCCCGCUUUAUCUCGAACUUCACCGGCCUCGAGGAUGUCGCGUUCCUUCUGGCGCGUCAUACGGCCUCGGCAUCUGCCUCAGAUGCGGUGCGCGAGGUCAUCUGUGCCUCCGUGUUUUGGUCCGAGGCCACUCAGCGACCGGGCGAUUUGAGUACCUGCACAAUUCGCCACGUCGACGAAGCAUCGUACAACAAGGAUGAAGUUCAAUUCUCUCUGGACUUGGGAGCGAGUUCCGAACCUGAGAAUGGCGAGAAGCAACUCUCUAAUGUCCAAGAAAAUCAUUUCAAACUACGCAUCAAACCAACUUCGAACACCAACACCCUUGCAAUCAGUUUUGCAUACCCGAUGCGACUUAUCCCCGACCAAGCAGUGCAGCAGGUGCUGAACGCACUGUCGUCCUGCCUGGCGGGUUCUUCCACGUUCCUCUCACUCGAGACGCCCCAACCCGAGCUAUCGAUAAUUAAUUUCCCAUCCCUUAUGAUACCCCCAUCAAUAGAUUCCGAGCAGACUGGAGACGCUGGGUCCAGCAGCUCCCAACGAUCCCUUCUUCAUGCCGCUUUUGAGGGCUGGGCCCGUAGAAAGCCGGAUGCGAUCGCACUUGAUUUUGUGCAUUCUUUACCCUCAUCAACGUCCGAUGCGGAACACAGCAUUCUCACCUACGCGGCCAUGGACAAGGCCGCUUCAAACCUGGCCAUCCACAUUCGAGCUCUUCUGGCCGGUAGCAACUCCGCGGACUACGGACGUAUUAUCCCUGUUUAUAUGACAACAUCCCCUGAGCUCUAUAUCUCCUAUCUUGGUAUCCUCAAGGCCGGUUGCGCAUUCUCCCCGAUUCCCCAGGAUGCACCUGCUCAGAGGGUACUGGAAAUUCUCGAAGACAUUGGCUCUCCGAUCGUUCUUGGCAACACCACUGAGCCCUCCUCUUGUCCCUGGAAGUUGGACGGUGCAAACCUAUACUCCUGGGUUGAUGUGGCAGAGGUGACCGGGUGGAAGCAGCUACGUGGUGUUCAGGAAGUGCCUCCAGCUUCAGAAGACCAGCUGCGCAAAUUGGAUAUCCAGAAUGAUCAGACUGCUUAUCUUCUCUUCACCAGUGGCUCGACUGGUAAGCCCAAGGGUGUCCAGGUCAGCCAUUUAGCUGGUGCCUGCUCUAUCCAUUCCCACGCCACGGCUAUUCCCCUACCUGGCAACGCGGUUGGUGACUUUAGGUGGUUCCAAUUCGCGUCCCCGACAUUCGACCCCUCCCUCAUGGAGAUCUUUGUGACCUUGAGCUGCGGUGCUACCCUUUGCUCUGCAGACCGGAGCCUGACGUUGACUGACCUGGAAACCACCAUCAAUGAGGCCAGAGCUACCGUCAUGAUGGCAACGCCCAGUUUAGCUGCGCUCCUCAGACCAUCUCGCCUAACGACGCUUGAGUCUCUUUGGACAAUGGGUGAGAAACUCAACCGGACUGUGAUUGAGAAUUUCGCCUCUAAGCCCACUUCUCCCGACGGACCCUCCAGAAUGCUGGUCAACGCUUACGGGCCUACCGAGGGAGCCAUCAACUGUACCUUCCUUGCUCCUUUUGGCUACUCCAUUCGUGGCUCUAUCAUCGGAAAGGAGUUGCCUACUUGCGCUAUGUUCGUUUUGGAUCCUAACAGCCACGAACCCAAGGCCGUUCCGGCUGGUCUCACCGGUGAGCUAGCGAUAGGAGGGCCUCAGGUGAGCAAGGGCUACUUGAACCGGCCCAAGGAGACCGCAAAGUCCUUCGUCCACAGCUCCGAGUUUGGUUACCUUUAUCGCACCGGUGACAUGGCUCGUGUUGUGUGGGAUGAAAGUGGUUCGCGGGUCAUUGAAUUCCUGGGCCGUAUCACCUCUGAUCAGGUGAAAAUAAGCGGUCGUCGUCUCGAGCUCAGCGAGGUUGAAUCUGUGCUCGCGACAGUCCCGGGGAUUACGGAAAUUGUCACGGUUGUUUCUAAGCGAGACAACAACGUACAAGGUAGUGAGCAGAUUGUGGCCUGCCUUGUGGUGGACGGCGCAAGCGAUGCGACAAAGCAAGACAUUGUGCGUCAGGCGCAAGAGGCCGCACAGCGUCAUCUUUCCUCUUAUAUGUGCCCGUCCGCCUACACCUUUUUCAACUCGCUCCCGAGAUCGAGUUCUGGCAAGGUUGAUCGCAAGGCAAUUACUGCCAAGCUGCAGCAAGGUGAACAGAGCGGCCUUCAAAUUUUCGCUUCUCCGAAGUCCGGAUUGUCGAACGGCAUGCAGGAUGACUGGGAAGCAUCCGGUGACAAAGACGUUACCUCGGUUCAGGAUCUCGUUGUUCAGCUUAUUGCAGAGGCCACACAGGAAGAUUUCUCCAACAUCAAGCCCGGGGCUGACCUUUACUCUCUGGGAAUUGACAGUCUUGGUGCCAUGCGACUACUGCAGAAGCUGAGAGACCAUUCCAUCGAAGGCUUAGCUGUUGCCGAUGUCCUGCAAUCGGGGACUGCAAAGGGAUUGGUGUCGACUAUCCUUGCGCGCCCUCAAUUAAGCGGGGAUGCUUUGGCCAACGGCACUCAAUCCGCAACCCUUCAUCAGAACUUGCAAUCUUUCUCGGACCGGAACAUCCAGACAUGUGCUCAGCGACUUGGUUUAACAUCAGCAGAAUUUCAAAGUGUCUUGCCUACCACGGCAACGCAAUCUGGUAUGCUGGCAAGCUUUUUGCGCAGCUCCGCUGAUAAGUCGUUCGCAACUCGAUCCUAUAUUUACCAUUCCGUUCUCCCACUCGAGGCAGAUGUUGAUGUUGAGCGCAUCCAAGCCGCUUGGCAAACCACGGUUGCUAAUUAUGACUCUUUCCGAACCGUCUUCUGCUGGCUCGACGAUGACAUGGCCCCAUUUGCGCAAUGUGUCCUUACUAGUAAGGCGGCACCCCAAUCGGAUUGGAGUGUUUAUGAUGCCGCUGCCGAAAGUGAAGACGAAACUUUGAACAAGGCGCUGCGAAAUGCGGAGGACGCCAUCAGUCUAAGCACGCCUCCUUGGAAGCUCUCUUUGGUUAAAUCAGAAGACCGAAAUCUGAUUAUACUGAGCAUGUUCCACGGAAUCUUUGAUGGAGGAUCGCUGCAGCUGCUUCUCGAGGACGUUUCUUCCGUUUAUGCCGGGAAGCCAGUGGCCAACCGAACGUCCCUUGAGCACAUUGUCAAGCACCACUUCAGUGCUGAUCAUGACACGACAUCUCAAUUUUGGUCAAAGCAUCUUGAUCAGUACUCGCCCGUCCUAUUUCCAUCAGUAACUCCCUACCGAGCCCCUUCGACUAAGACAACUGACCGCGUGGAAAUCGUUGCCUCGACAAGUUAUGACAACCUGAAGAAACAAUCCAAGAGCAUCGGCUCGACUCCACUGGCUGUGCUUCAAGCAGCUUGGGCCUCGGUUCUACUUGCUUAUACUGGCACCCCUGACCAGGACGUUGUCAUGGGCAGUGUUGUAUCUGGCCGACUUGAUCCGGAGUCGGAAAUUUGCAUUGGUCCUACCUUCACAACUGUUCCUAUUCGCUUGGCCGUCAACCAAGUGCAGAAGGACUCUCGAGGAGUUUGGACAAACAAGUCGGUCGCGCGUCACCUAACAUCCUUAAACACGCAAACUCUUUCGCACCUGCAGCCUCGCUUAGGAUCCCUGGUGACGGCCGAUGGCCGCCUCCCCUACGACACACUAUUGGCCUACCAGGAUUUCAAUGCUGGAUCCAGUUCCAGUGGCAUCUGGAGCUCCAUCGAUCACCCACCGAUGGCAAACGAUUUCGCGGUCAUGAUUGAGGUUUGGCCUGGUGCCGAUUCUUCAUUGACCUUCCGUGCCAGCUUCAACGAUUCCCAUCUUGAUUCGCAGACGGCUGAGGCAAUGCUGAAGUCUAUGGCUGAUAUUGUAACGUACAUUCUUGGAAGCCCAGAGGGGAACUUCCAGGACGCCUCCUCGCACACCCAGCCUGAGCUCAAGUCUUCGUUCAACCCCGGAGCAAGCGCUGUUGAAGAAGUGUCAGAAGGUGCUUUGAUUCAUACUAGAUUCGAGGAUCACGCGGAAUCUCACCCCGAUGACCUGGCAUUAAUCUUCAAGGGUGAUUUGGAUGAUGAAAACAGUCCCCUGAACCUCACGUGGUCCUACGCACAGCUUAACACCAUUGCCGACAACCUCGCGGAACAUCUUCUCCAGGUUGGCGGCACCCUGACCAACACCCCUUUGCCUAUCUGCAUCGAGAAAAGCCCUGCACUGUAUGUCGCUAUUCUGGGUAUCUUAAAGGCAGGAGGAGCCUGGUGCCCCAUUGAUACCCUUUCCCCUGCACAACGUCGCCAUGAUCUCAUAGCACGAACUGGCGCCAAGGUUCUCUUGGUCUCGUCGAAGGACGGCGCACAGCCUGAAGGCUCCAUCCCCUCUGGUGUUGAGGUAGUCGACGUCAGUCAAUUCUGUCAGGUGGCUCCUGAAGCCAACGAAGUGAAACGAAGCAACACCAAGCACAGAAGCAACCCGGACAAUAUGGCGUAUUUGAUCUGGACCAGUGGCACAACAGGAGCCCCGAAGGGUGUGCCGAUCAAGCAUUCUGCGGCGGUGUCCAGUAUGAAGUCUUUGUUCAAGGACAUCCCGCAAAAUGCCGACGGUAGCACCGUGCGAUGCAUGCAGUUCUCGCAGUACACGUUUGAUGUGUCAAUCCAAGAUUUCUUUUAUACCUGGGGACUGGGGGGUGUUCUGAUCUCUGCCUCGAGAGAAAUCAUGCUUGGUUCUUUCCCUAAGCUUGCGAACCUCACCAAGGCGACACACGCCCAUCUCACUCCCGCGUUCUCAGCAGGCAUUCCAAGAAAGAGCUGUGAGACACUCAAGGUGAUCACUAUGAUUGGUGAAAAGUUGACCCAGCCUGUCGCCGAUGACUGGGGUACUGAUAUGCGCGCUUUCAACACGUAUGGUCCCGCUGAAGUCACUAUUGUUUCAACUGUCAGAGAAUUUGGAAAUGAGCACAAGAAUAUCAAGAGUGCAAACAUCGGAUGGCCUAUGGACACCGUUUCCGUUUUUGUGACCAAGAAUCAGCGCAUGGUGAUGAAGAACGCCGUUGGAGAAUUAGCCUUGGGUGGUCCGCAGCUUUCCCCUGGUUAUCUCAACCAAGAGGAUGUCACCAAAGCCAAGUACGUGUGGAAUGAGGAAGCUGGACAAACUCUGUACUACACUGGUGACUUGGUUCGCAUGCUCGCAGAUGGAUCGCUUGAGUACAUUAACCGGGUUGAUGACUUGGUCAAACUUGGUGGUAUUCGAGUUGAGUUGAGUGAGAUUAGCUUCUCACUCGGCGACUGCCACCCUCUUGUCGAGAAUGUUGAGACACUCAUUCUCAGCCGUCCCGAUAGGCCUUCGAAGGUGGUUGUUUCUUUCCUCGCUGCGCCGAACGCCGCAGGCCCUGAAGAUGACGGACAGCUUCUUAUCCUCAAUGACAAAGCUCUUGAAGCUGCUCGCGCUGCUAGCGAUCAAGCACAAGCUACCCUGCCCGACCAUAUGAUCCCCUCCGUUUAUCUGGUUGUGAAGAACAUUCCCAGAACUCCAUCCGCCAAGACCGAUCGUCGGGCUCUCCAGGCAGCCUAUGCCGAAGUUGACAUUGACAAUUGGGAGGGCAACCUGAAUCCCGAAAUCGGUGCUGUCGAUCAGCCAUCUGAAGAUCCAGCCGAUGCUGCGGCAGCAGCAAACAUUGUCAACAUGAUCGCAUUGCUCGCUGAUAUAUCACCAUCUAUCAUCACGAAGGCUGGUCGACUGGGUAGUUUAGGUAUCGAUUCUAUUCGUGCCAUUCGUCUCGCUUCCAGAUUGAAGGAAGCCGGCUAUCAGCUUUCAGUUGUGGAAGUUCUAAACUGCGUCACCGUCCAAGACCUUAUCAAGCUAGCCUCCACUGCAGAUUCCUCUAAGGCCACCGAAAACACAUUCGAUCUGAAUGCCUUCAACAAUGUUUGGCACGAUGCAGUAUCUGCUAAGGUGAAGGAUGACUUUUUCACUGUCCGAGCAACUACGAUUCAGGAGAGUUUGCUCAGUGAGACUAUGGGAACUUACAACAUGUAUUGGAGCAACCACUUCUUCUCCCUCGACCGCUCCGUGGAUAUCAAUAGACUGAAGCAGGCUUGGUUCUCCGUGUGCCAAAAGACCGAGGCGUUGAGAACUGGCUUUAUCCCGCUGGCUGAGGUUGAAACUGGUGUCAAGAAGGAAAGCCCUGACUUUUCUAUGUUGCAGGUGAUGUACAAGCUCCCCGAUGUUGACUGGCAACAUCUCGAAUGCAACGAACAAAACUGGGUCGAGCUGCGGGACAGCCGUAUUGAACAGAUUAUGCAAAAGCACCAGAGCAGCUACUUCCAAGGCCCUCCAUGGGCCGUGACUGUCCUCGACAAGGGCGAUGAAAGAACCAUGUUCCUCACAAUCCACCAUUCCAUUCAUGAUGGUCCUUCCCUUGGUCUAAUCAUGGAUGACGUGCGUUCUGCCUAUGCCUAUAAGCCUCCUUCGAGGCACCAGCUCAGUGAUGCUCUUUCCGUCAUUCUCCCCACGGAGCAAAGAAGCAAGGAUACACGCAGCUUCUGGGCUUCCGAACUAGAGAAGUUCUCUGGGCUGGAAGUGCCGGUCUGGCCCGAUCUCACUGGAAUUAGAUUGCAGCCAGGCGAGGUCCAGGAACACCGAUUCAUCGCCGAAGAAUGUGUCCUGUCCGAGCCCGUCUCCAAACUUCAGGCUGCCGCAGCUCAACUAGGAGUGUCAUCCAUUGCAUCCAUCAUCAGAGCAGCAUGGGGCUUUGUGUCUGUUGGAUAUCUCAGCAUUCCAGCUACUGUCUUUGCCGAGACACUCUCCGAUCGUGUUCUGCAUGCAGAUCUUGAAGAUAAUGUUGGACCGUUGAUAUCUGUUGUGCCGAUUCCAUUCCAUCCCGAAGGAACUGUGCGGCAGCUUUUGGCUGAACAGCAUCGAUUUUCUGUUCAGUCAUGGAAAUACCGCCACGUGCAUGCUCAUGAUGUUCGCAAAAUGCUUAACCGACCUCGUGGAGAGCCUUUGUACCCGGCUGUUUUCAACUUCCACGUGGCCGGCGAGGAACACACUAGCUCGCUGCCACAAAUCUGGCAAGAUCUUGAGGAUCAGAUUGGCUUGCAUGUCGAGCACCCGAUGGCCAUGAACGUGUUUCAACGUGCUGAUGGCUCGCUCAUCUUGGAGGCAUCCUCGGACAUUGCUUUGAUGAACAAGCAUCAAUUGUCACUUUUCGUCCGUCAAAUCGAUGCUAUGGUUAGCGCGAUGCUGGAAUUCCCCGAUGAGCAGGUGUCCAAUCUAGGCAAUCAUAUCCCCGCAGACCUGCGCGCAGUCUCGAACCGGGCAGUCACCGACAUGGUCGCAAACUCCAUAUACACUGCUCCGACGUAUUGGUUGGAACUCAAUGCCAAAGAACAUCCGGAGUGGACCGCCGUUGAAGUGGCAACCAAAAUUGCUCCUACCGGCAUCGAGAAGGAAAUCAUGACAUAUGGCACCCUAAAUGCUGAAGCCAACCGUGUGGCCGCUUUCAUUGCCUCCUUCGGUCAUAAGAACAGGAUGAUCGCAGUCUGUUGUGGACGCAACAUUCCCUCGUACCCAGUCAUUAUUGGCAUCUUCAAAUCCGGAAAUACUUAUCUGCCAAUUGACGAAGGUCUUCCGGCUGAUCGCAAGGCCUUCUUGAUCGAGGAUGGUGAUUGUCCUAUUGUUUUCACGGAAUCAACAUUCUUGGCGUCCUUCUCCCGUAUUCCUCAGACGUGCCAGAUCUACUGUACCGACGAUCCGGGAUAUCAAAAGCUGGUGGCACCCAUGCCCGCUGAAGAUCGCGACUACCAAUCUCAUCCGGAUGAUCUGUCUUAUCUUCUGUUCACUUCCGGGUCUACAGGCAAGCCUAAAGGUGUCAUGAUCACUAGGGCCAAUCUUUCAUCAUUCAUUGAGUCCUUCACCGACUUCAUUAUCAAGGCUGCACCCAGAACUCUGACACUGGGUGGCACCGGCAGACAUCUUGCCCAAGCUAGCAGGGCCUUCGACCCUCAUCUUGUCGAGAUGUUCUUCCCCUGGCGCCAGGGAAUGGCAACUGUGACAGCUCCCCGAACAAUGAUCCUCGAUGAUCUGCAGGUUACUCUCGGAAAAUGGGAAAUUACUCACGCGAGUUUCGUGCCUUCUUUGGUUGACCAGGCAAACAUUCUUCCUGAGCACUGUCCUAAGUUGGUCUACAUGAGUGUUGGCGGUGAAAAAAUAUCUCAAAAGGUGUUGGAUGCAUGGGCUACUUCUCAUAUCUGCCUGGCCAAUGCCUACGGCCCAACCGAGGUGACAAUUGGCUGCACAUUUGCCCACGUUGGUCGUGACACAAACCUGCGUAACAUCGGACCCCCCUUGACUGCCUGUGUCUGCCAUGUUUUCGUUCCCGGCACUACAACCUACGCGCUCAAGGGCCAAACCGGUGAACUUUGCUUCAGUGGAGAUCUCGUUGGUAGGGGAUAUCACAACAGGCCGGAUGCCACAGGUUUCACUACAGGUCCCAAUGGCGAAAAGAUGUACAGGACCGGUGACAUAGGGCGUUUGAUGUUUGAUGACUCCGUGGAGUACUUGGGUCGUGGCGAUGACCAGACGAAGAUUCGUGGGCAGAGAUUGGAGCUUGGAGAAGUGUCUGAAGUGCUUCGAGCAUCCUCAACCGUUGGAAUUGACGUUGUCACAAGUGUUGCCAAGCACCCAGGCCUUAGCAGAGUGCAGCUUAUUUCGUUCAUUGCACGAUCGGACGCUCGUCAGCGUACAAAGGGCGGCGAGGUUGCGUUCGUCCAAUCCGAUUUCGCAACUCUUGGCAAGGAACUACAAGACAUCUGCAAAAAGAAGCUGCCGGGAUACAUGGUUCCAGAACUGAUCUUGCCCAUUACCUACAUCCCGCUGGCGCCAAUGUCUGGAAAGGCGAAUCUGAAGGAACUCCAUGCCCUGUUCUUCAGCCUUCCUCUCGCUGCUGUGCUUCAAGGAAACAACGCAGGAAGCAUAGACGGCGCCGCCAACAGUCGACCGCUGACUGUCGACGAAGAGGCCGUGGUUAAGGAAAUAUGCACCGUUAUUUCCACCGACCCCUCCGCCAUUGGACCCCUGACAAACAUCUUCGAGGUUGGUCUGGACAGUCUUAGCGCUAUCGGUCUCUCUAUCAAGCUUCGAAAGAUCGGAUACGCCGCCACCGUGGCCCUAGUCAUGAGCAACCCGGUUAUCGAGCAACUCGCUCGUCUACCCAGGACUACCUCUUCAUCCAGCUCCGAGGCUACUGUGUCUAAGCUGCGUCAACACCUCGCAGAUAUGGAAUCGUCAUACCGCCAGAAUGCUCCCUCCGAGGUUGACCUGUCGACGGUAGCAUCUGUCAGGCCUUGCUUGCCACUUCAGGAGGGUCUGGUGGCACGUUCGAUUAACAAUGAAGGCGAUCAACUCUACAUCAACCAUAUCGUUCUUCGGCUCGAAGACCAUGUCGACGCGGCGCAGUUGAAGGCCGCAUGGCAAACUGUCGCCCAGGACAACGAGAUCAUGAGGACUGCGUUCUCUCCUCUAGAGAAGGAGGUUGUCCAGGUCGUUUUCUCUGCUGAUUCUCAUGGGAUCCGAUGGGACGAAGAAGCCUACGGGAGCUUAGACAAAUCUAUCGCGCAACUCAAAACCCGGCAAACACAAGUGUCCCGUGACAUUAUUUCCAACAUCUCCACAGUUCCCCCGGUGCGAUUCCAUUUGGCUAAAUCUUCAACUACCAACCAGCCAUUGGCACUCUUCAUCUCCAUUCACCACGCUCUUUACGAUGGUGAAUCCUUCUCCAUGCUGCUGGAAGACGUUGCGACACAAUAUGUCAAGAGCCCGGUCCCGCAGAGAGGUUCGCCGGCCGCAUUCAUCGAGCAUGUCUACACUCAGGAUACCGAAAAGGCCAAGAAGCACUGGACAGAAUAUCUGGGAGACUGUCGACCUACCUUGUUCCGCUCUGAUUUCAACUUCCUGGAGCAUCCUAAAUUCGUUACCAGGACUCUCGGCAACAAGCUUUCUGAUCUGGAACGUCGGUCAGCGAGCCUCCAGACAACUGUUCCAUCCCUGGUACAAGCCAUUUUCGCUCUUCUGCUGGCCGAUGCCGUUGGGGUUUCCGAUGUGACCUACGGACUUGUUCUUUCUGGCCGAGCAGUCGCUGUUCCUGGGGCUGAUUCCGUUAUUCUGCCCUUUCGAUCGCUCGAGUUCCAGCACACCUCCCUGAGACACAUGCAGCGCUGGCUUAAAUCUGAAACGCCUCUGUUUGAUUGUCUCUUCUCUUACAUCCGAGCGACGACGCCCUCUGAGCACAACAUCUGGCGCGAAUUGGACAGCCAGAUGCCUGCGGAGUACCCUCUUGCUGUCGAGGUCGAGGCCAAUAGCGCCACCGACAGUAUCAACCUGAACUGUGCAUUCUCAUCCAUUUUCAGCGCUGCUUACAAUGGCGAGGAGUUCCUUGAAAAGAUGGAUGCCGUUUUAUCCAGUGUUGUUUCCGGCGAAAUUCUCUCGUUGGACAACUUCAAUCUUCCUCAAACUGAGGGAACUGGCACUCGUUCCCAGGCCACUCAGUGGGACGAGACGACUUGGUCUACUACUGAAUCUACAGUUCGCGAAAUGACCAAGGACUUCUGCGGUCUGUCUUUGGCGGAUGUUUCUAAGGGAGCUUCCUUCAUUAGUCUCGGCGUUGAUUCCGUUACUGCUAUCCAAUUCUCUCAAAAGCUUAGGGAAGCUGGAUUCCAUGUUGCCUCUUCCGAUGUCAUGCGCUUCUCUUGUGUGGGCGCAUUGGCUCAACACAUCGAGCAGAGCUCAAGUGAAGAACCAACCCAGACAAACGGAGUGAACGGCACCAAGAGAGCUGCUAUCCCAGCCGAUACCUACCAGAAACACGUUCGCCUGCUUGGUGAGGGUGACUCGAUCUCGACUGUGUUUGAAUGCACUCCUUUGCAAUCCGGAAUGAUCACUCAAACCCUUGGCUCUGACGGCCAAGUCUAUGUUCAUCCUCACCCGGUCAGACUCGCCGACUCUGUGGACACCGCUCAAUUGAAGAACGCCGUCCUUAAUGUCAUCCAGGCCAAUGAUAUCCUGCGCACUUCUUUCCAUCUCGUUGCAGAGCUUGGACACUCAUGGAUUGGGGCUGUCCACACGCAGCCUCCUUUCGAAUGGACCGAGAUCAGCCUUCCUUCUGACGCCGAUGCUCUUGCUGAAGUCGAGGCUCUCUUUUCAUUCAGCGAGGAAUCGUCGUUUGAGGUUCCACCUAUCCGAACAGUUCUAGUCACUCAGCCGGAGGGUAGACUCUUGGUCGUUGUCAUGCACCACGCUCUCUAUGACGGUGCCUCGUUGCCUUUCUUCUUCGAGGACCUCGCCAUUGCGUACAGCGGCGAAGCUCAGCUCGAGAGGCCACAGUUCUCGGAAACAGUCGAACAUAUUCUGAACGGACAAGAGGAUUCAUGCAAGUUCUGGACCGAGAAGCUCUCGGGCUACGAAGCUGUUGAAGUUCCUCAGCUGCCUGCCGAUCAGGCUUCGGGGCGCAUGUUCCUCUCGGAACACCGCGUCGACCUUAAUCUACCUACAAUCAUCGAAUCGUGCAAGGCUAUGCAAGUCACCGUUCAGAGCAUUGCGCUCCUCGCAUAUGCCAAGGUUUUGGCCCGCGUUCUCGGAAAGCGCGAUGUCGCGUUUGGCCAAGUACUUGCAGGGCGUUCUUUGCCAACUCCAGGAGCUGAGCGAACGCUUGGUCCGUUGUUUAACACGGUCGCCCAGAGAGUCACCUUCGAGCCCAGAUUCCUGAGCAACAAGGCCAUGGCUUCGCGCUUGCAGCAGCUCACGGCAGAUGCUCAAGUUUACCAGCAUGCGCCACUACGAGUCGUCCAGAACUCAUUGAGAAAGGCUAAUGAGCUGACCUCUACUUCUCUAUUCGACACGCUCUUCGUUUUCCAGAAGAGUGCCGACUUUGCCGGGGGUAUAUUGGAGACCCAGGAGAUUUGGAAGCCCUACGAAAGCGAGGAAUACGCCGCGCAGGCUGAGUACAAAUUGAAUGUGGAGGUUGAUCAUGGAAAAGAUGGCAUUGUCGCUAGGGCAUCAUGCAACGGGCAACACCUGUCGCAACAGAACCUUGACGAUUUCUUGACCGAGUUUGGUUCCGUCUUCCGGGACAUUAUUGAGCAUCCCACGAGAUGUGCAACCGUCAUGCCUGAACGACUGGGCGAACUGCCACUUAGACUAUCUGCGCCUGGUGCACAGGAGAACUCAAUUGACGAUUCGGAAGCUCCUGCCCACGAAAGUACUAUCCAGUCUGUACUUGCAGAGGUUGCUGGGCUUUCAGUGGACAAUAUCAAACCAAGCACCAGCAUCUUCAGCAUUGGCUUGGAUUCACUGUCGGCCAUUCGCAUUGCGUCCAUCUGCCGAUCGAAGGGAAUCAGGACUGGCGUUGCUGACAUUCUUCAAGGAAAUACCCUGCGUGGUAUCAGUCAACGUGUGCGACCCAUGGAGGAGCAGGCCGUGAAGCCCCAGGGCUCACUUUUCGCGGAUUAUGAGCGUACGGAGAAGACAGUUGUCGAGAAGCUUGGACUUAACAAGGAUUCUAUUGAGACAAUUCUACCUUGUCUCGGAGGUCAAUUUUACCACCUGGUCAGCUGGUUGAAGUCUGGAAGAAAGCUGUUUGAGCCCGCAUGGCCCUACUUCAGCUCGGAACGUAUCGACGCGGCAAGGCUAGAGGACGCUUGGUAUCAACUUCGUCAAAGACAUCCUGUCCUCCGAACCUGUUUCGCAGCCAUCUCGUCUUCGGAGGCUGUUCAGGUCAUUAUGAAGGAGGCAGUGCGAGACAACGAAACCUUCAAGGUGAUCAAUUCCGAUGCCACUAUCACCGAGGCAGCUCAGGCUCAGGCAAAGAAAGAAGCAUUGAACCCAUCCUCCCUGUUUGUUCCCCCUGUUCGUCUUCGCCUCUUGAAGGCCAGCGACCGGGACGGAAUCCUUGUCCUUGUUAAUCACGCUGCAUAUGACGCGUGGACAAUGCCCAUGUUCGUGUCUGAGCUUGAAGGCCUCUACCGCGGCCAAUCACUAGACACUAACCCCGACUUCGCGUCCUUUGUCGAUUUCUCUGUUCGCUCCCUUCGCGACCUUGACGAAAAGACCUACUGGACUUCCGCCAUCGGUUCUGGCGAGCGCACCCUCAUCAAGAAUACUGCGGAACGGACCGGAAGCCAGCUUCCCGAUCAAGUAUUCGUUGGGGCCUGGGAGAAGGUCAAGAAUGUAUCCCAGCUUGAGACUUUGUGCCGUUCUGCAGGGCUCAGUCUGCAGACUGUGGUCUUGCUUGCCGUCGCUCGCUGCCUUGCGCGCAUGACCGGAGUCACUAGCCCGACCAUGGGUCUGUAUCAAACCGGUCGAUCGGCGUCAUUCACCGACAUCGAGAAACUCACCGGACCUUGUCUCAAUGUCAACCCAUUCACCGUCUCGGACGCAGUUUCUGAUUCUAGUCUCGUAGAUAAGGCGCAGGCCCUUCAAGCCUCCCUCGCGGAGCGUGUCUCAUUCGAGCAGAGUUCUCUCAUGGAUGUCCUUCGGUGGGCCGGUGCUGAACAAACCGCAACUCCACUCUUCAACGCCUGGGUCAAUCUACUCUGGAUGCAGAACGGAGUGCCCUCCGCCAACGAUGCCACGCCUGACAAGGAGCUAAACAACGACGGCGAUCUCUUCCUGCCGCUUCGAAUCGGUGUUCCCACCGACUUUAUUCCCGCUGAACCUCUACCGGGCUUAAAAGCUACCUCGGUGUCGGAAUUGGAUACUUCUCUUCUCCCCAGUGAGAAUGUCUACAUUGAUAUUGGACCGGACCCGAAGACCGAUACGAUCGGCUUUGGAGUUCGUGUCGAGGGGGGACUUCUUGCGGAAGAAGAGGUUCACCAGCUGGUGAAUGGUGUUGCAGGUGAAAUUGAGGCGAUCGUCUCUUCGCUGCAGUGA